UCUUCCAGACUUCCACCGAAAUUACAAGGAGAAGGAGCUCAACUGCUUAACUCUAGGGUUUUCUGCUAAUGGAUUCCCUGCCUUCUGUUCAGAAUUCAGCACAAUCUACUCCACCAAUCAAAACCCCAAAUUCUCAUAGGAAACCGACCAAAAAUUCACGAGCUUUUCUUGCAGCGAAGAAAAAGAAUAAAUUCAAGUAUUCAAUACCUUCUUUCGCUUCAACACUUCCUUCAGACGACUCUUUAAUACUUUCAGAGAAAUCCUCGAGGAAUGUUUCCUCCCAAGAUGUGGAGAAAAACUCUGUUAGAAUUUCUCCGUGCAGUUCAACGGUUCCAGUAAGUGAAGCUGCUGGAAUCGAUGUUAUGAUUCAACAGGCGAAGAUAAGCAAAGCUGCUGGGAUUGGUAGUGUGAUUCAACAGGCGAAGAUGAGCAAAGCUUCUGGAAUAGAUAUUAUGAUUCAACAAGCGAAGAUGAGCAAAGCUGCUGGGAUUGAUAGUGUGACUCAACAGGCGAAGAUGAGCAAAGCUGCUGGGAUUGAUGGUGUGAUUCAACAGGCGAAGAUGAGCAAAGCUGCUGGGAUUGAUGGUGUGAUUCAACAGGCGAAGAUGAGCAAAGCUGCUGGGAUUGAUAGUGUAAUUCAACAGGCGAAGAUGAGCAAAGCUGCUGAGAUUGGUAGUUGGAGUCAGCAGGCGAAGAAGAGGAAAGCUGCUGGGGUUGAUAGUGAGAUUCAACAGGCAAAGAUGAGCAAAGCUGCUGUGGUUGACAUAGCGAUUCAACAGGCCAAAAAAAAUGCAGUUUCACAGCUGCAACAAGAUGGGUGUACUGGUCAUUUUAUAAGCUUCGAUUCUCAGUUUGGUAAUUUUAUUGUUCCUGUAAUUCCAACCAUUUCCGACUUAAAUAAGUAACU